AUGAAUCAUCUCAUUAUUUGUAUCUUUUUUGCUAUAACAAUUUUUUUAUGUAAUGCUGCUGAGGAUGCUUCAAUUGCAAAGCCUUUUCUACCAUCUCCAACACAAUUCCUCCCAUCAGCCUUGGAGGAACCUGAUGUGAGAAAAGGUAGGAAAAAGCCUCCACCACCUCCUCGAUCACCACCCCCACCCCCACCACUUCUUGAAUUUAACCACUUUAAGCUCGCUGAAACUUGGCCACCGACAUUUUGUAAGAUUAAUACUUGUAUCGAUGAUUAUAGGCCAAUGAAGUUUAUCAUACACGGACUUUGGCCAGGUGAUUUAACAGAUUGCGACCCAGAUAAAAAGAUGAAACCAGAUUAUGAAAAGCUUAGUGGAAUAUAUCCUAAACUCAUUGAAGAUUGGCCAAAUUUACAUAAAGUUAAAAAUAAGUUUCCAGUGGAAACAAACAAAGAGUUAUGGUUUUUUGAGUGGUAUAAGCAUGGAACUUGUUCAGCCCAGCUGUUCACCUUUCCUGAAUACAUGGGCAUGGCAAUACAACUCUACGGUAAUAAGCAUAAUAUAGUGUUGAUCCUUCGAAAUGCGGGAAUUAAACCUGGUGGAAAGUAUUCUCGAGAUGAAAUUUCUGAUGCGAUAAGCAAGCACAUUAAGUUCACGCCACAGAUUCAAUGUAAGAAGAUUGGACAAAUUUCUUAUUUAUUAGAAGUAAGAUUUUGCUUCACUGCAAGCAAAGAUCCACAGUACAUUAAUUGUGAUGGACAUGGUUCUCUUUUCGGUCAAGAAUGCGAUGCUGAGGUGCAUUUCUGA